GCGCUCGCGCCAUGGAAGAGCCACCCGAAGACGUGAGGGCUUUCCUCCAGCAGCACCCGAACCUGCGCCUGCUGACGGGCGGCGGCAGGGUGCGGUGCGCCCUGACCGGCCACGAGCUGCCCUGCCGCCUGGCCGAGCUGCAGGCCUACACCCGCGGCAGGAAGUACCAGCGCCUGGCGCGCGCCGGCCCGGCCUUCGACUACGCCGCCUUCGAGCCGCACAUCGUGCCCAGCACCAAGAACCCGCACCAGCUGUUCUGCAAACUCACCCUGCGGCACAUCAACAAGGCCCCAGAACACGUGCUGAGGCACACCCGCGGCCGCCGGUACCAGCGCGCGCGGCGACGGUAUGAGGAGUGCCAGGAACAAGGAGUGGAGUUUGUCCCCGCCUGCCUGCUGCACAAGAGGAGGAAGAGGGAAGAUCAUACAGAUGGGGACAGGUGUGGCCCGAGUGCAUUCUGGGAGCCAGCCUCCAGUGAUGAAGGGGGGACCCUGAGUGACGACAGCAUGACAGACCUGUAUCCACCUGAGCUGUUUGCCAAAAAGGACCUGGAAGGCCCCGAGAAUGAGGAUGGCUCCGAUGAUUUUCUGACAGACGAAGAAGAGGAGAAGCCAAGGCCCCCGGGAGAGGAGGACGCUGAAGACAGGAAGAAGGUGGAAGUGGACUGCAGGCAGCUGUGUAAGCGGAGAAAGAAGCAGCUUGGCUCGUUGACCAAGAAGCCAAGGAGCUUCAGUUCCUUCAAGCAGGUGGAGUAAUGCAGUCUGCGGAGACCGACCCACGUGUCCCGGUGUCUUCUGUCACUGUCUCCCGACAACGCAGGCAGUGGCCUGGCCGCCGCCAAGGCUGCCCGGGGGUGGAGCUGCUCUGGGCUGCAGAGCUCCCUUCCGAGGCCCGGCCAGGCCCGCCCAGGCUGGGCGCUCCCAGGACCACACUGCAUACCACAAAUGCCAUUAUUUAUUUUGAUGUUUCCAAAAAUCAAAACAUUUCAAACACAACUAAGAUAUAAAAUACAGCAUAAAAUGAGGUUUAUACCUAUCCCCACAUAAAGCAAAAGGCAGUUUACUUUUCUAAA